AUGGUCAAGUACGAGGUUUCUUCCAUCGUGAUUACCACUGUGCUCAUGAUCCUGGUCGUUUUGGUCGUCACAGGCAAUAUAGUUGUUUGUUUGAUUAUCAAGAGAAAUCGACAAAUGAGGACUCCCAUAAAUUAUUUACUCAUGAACCUGGCUGUCUCCGAUAUUCUGUUUGCGACGUUUAUUACAACAAAACUUAUUUUCGGCUUGAAUUUGAGCCACCCAGAGGGAGCAGUAGGUUCCAUCCUGUGCAAGUUGGUGACUGGCGGAAAUUUUGCUUGGAUUGCUGGAGUUUCUUCAAUUGUUACUUUGGUUACGGUUGCCGUCGAAAGAUAUUACACGGUAGUAUAUCCAAUGGAUCCAAAUAGAAAAAUGACUAAGCCUAAACUGAAGGUGAUCCUUUUUUGUUCUUGGAUAUUCUCGGUGAUUUUUAACAUACCCCUCCUUCUUGCCCGUACUUAUGAGAGGAAAGAUGGGACAAAUCAUUGUGUGCUAAGCUGGCCCGAAAAAUGGAUGUCCACAGCCAGUUGUUUAUCAUGGGUGUUCUUGAUUGUGACAGCUAUUGGUUUGAUGAUUACUCUUUACUCUCAAGUCGUGUGCUCUUUAUGGUUGAAACCAAAGAGUUGCUUUCCUUUAAGCUUUGAACAACAAGGUGUGAUCAGGGUGCGAAAACGUAUCACUUUCAUGGUUAUAACAGUCAGUGUCAUUUUCGUAGUUUGUUGGGGAGCAGUGUCGGUUGAAUACGUCUUAAGGACUUCUACCACCCUUCAAGUGACGUUUGUACACAUUGCCAUUGUCGACAUAUUGGCGUUGUUCAAUUCAGCUGUCAACCCUUUCCUGUAUGCCCUCCUGAACCAUCAGUUCAGACAAGAGAUCAGGGGAAUGAUUUUCGGCACACACAUAGCAGCACCUAGGCCAAGAGCUAAAACCAACGAGAAAAGUACUACCGUGGAGACUAAACAUUAG